GCCUUUCUGGGAAAUCGCGCCACCCUUUCUCUGAUGCGGGCCAUGCGGCAGUAACGUUCACCUUCCUCUUCCUCCCUCACUAGAUACAUACUCUCCUCGCUCGGAAAACCACCUGCAUUGUGAAGAUACGGUGACGACGAACUCCCUCCUCUCUCAAAAUGGCCGCUAAAUCGUCUGAGGAGGAGAAAGCAUAUUUUCCAGGGGUGAUGGACGGGACUAAGAAUUCAACUGUCAACUUUUCAUGCUUUGAAUUGAUUAAGCCGAGUUUUGACAAAACCAAAGAUUAUUGUUCUCUGGAUGUUUUGCCUAUUCUAAUUGAUGAGGCUCCAUUUCCUGUGAGGGAAAAAUGCAAUUUUAACGGUUCACAUGGCCAAGAUGACUGUAGCAUACCUGUCUUACCAGAGGAAGGAAAUGUCAGUCCGCAACAUACAUCACCGUUAACAUUUCUGAGCUUCUUAGGAUUUCGUCUUUCAUCUAAAAAUCAAAUGUGCUUGGCUUCUCAACUGAAUUGCCAGAACUGCAUUGAUUCACAAAUGCAAAAUGAAGAUGCUUAUUCACCUUCCAUUCUGAAUGUGAAUGUUGAGAAGGAAAGUUCUGAAAUACUUAAAUCCAAUGAUGAAAUGGUAGGAAGUACAAAAGGUGAAGGUGUAAUGACAGUAAGUACAGCUUGCUUAUCACAUUAUGUAGCUGUAAAUUACUUAUCUCCGUUGUUUUUCUUUAUUUUCUCUUUUUUACUAAAAAAAUUAUUCUGGUAUUCUGAUAUUUGUACAAGAGAAGGGCUUUAAGGAGAGUGAAAAAAGGGAAUAUGAAAAGUGAUUAAAUUUCAAAAUUUUUAAAUCUUGAUUUUAUCAGAAAAUGGUUGCUUAUUUGCUUAAAAUCUUUUUUUUUCCCUCAGUUUCUAAUUUUGAUGGCUUGCAGCAUUUUCAGAAGGUUUUGCAGAGACAAGCAAGCUUAAACACAGAUAAAUCACUGACUGAGAAGGUUCAUGACGCACCGACAAAUAGGUGGAAAAGAUAUAAGCGUGCUGCCUCGUUUGAUUCAAGAAAAGUUGUCAUCCUUUUCUCAAUCUUGUCAAGUGUAGGAACAUUGAUUUUGAUAUAUCUGACACUGAGAGUUAGGCAAACAGCUGAUGGGUUCAAUCAUGUCUAGGGCUACCUCAUUCUUGAUCUGCUGAUUGAUGCAUGAAAUUUCUUUUGUAAAGUUGUAUUGGGCACUGCUGUUUCUUAAAGACUGUUGUUGAGUUGAGCUUUUAAUAUCUUAAAGAUUAUCUCAGCAAUAGUGUGACUAAAGCUGAUUUUUUGUAUCUUCUUUCCAUGCAAAUGUCAAUACUUAUCAUGGUUCAUAAAUAGAUUUUUGGGAA